AAGGGAUGGGGGCGGCCAUCUUAGAGUGCGUACAAUCAAAGGCUUUGGCGGGAUUUGUUCUGUGUCGGGGCGCUUCUGUUGCUUCCCAUCUUCGAGGGUUUCAUCUCGAACCCUUCCCUGCGUGGAGGAGGGCCUGCUGACGGCCGAUUCCUUUGCAGAAGAAACUCUUAAAUUCUGGAAAUAGCGACUCAGUAUCAUGGCCAGCCGCAUUAAUGAAGAUCCAGAAGGAAGUCGAAUCACUUAUGUGAAAGGAGAUCUUUUCGCAUGCCCCAAAACAGACUCUCUAGCCCAUUGUAUCAGUGAGGAUUGUCGAAUGGGUGCUGGAAUAGCUGUUCUCUUCAAGAAGAGAUUUGGAGGGGUGCAGGAACUGUUAAGUCAACAAAAGAAGUCUGGAGAAGUGGCUGUUCUGAAGAGAGAUGGGCGAUAUAUAUAUUACUUGAUUACAAAGAAACGGGCUUCACACAAGCCAACGUAUGAGAAUCUACGGAAGAGUUUAGAGGCCAUGAAGUCCCAUUGUUUGAAGAAUGGCGUCACUGACCUCUCCAUGCCCAGGAUUGGAUGCGGUCUGGAUCGUCUGCAGUGGGAAAAUGUAUCUGCAAUUCUUGAAGAGGUGUUUGAGUCAACAGACAUCAAGAUUACCGUGUACACACUCUGAACAGGGGAAAGCCUGAAUCCAUGAAGCAGAUGAAAGCCGUGAUGGGCAGGCAGAUCAUGAUAGUCACUCGGGGAAAUCUUUCCGUUCCUUCUCCCGUGGAUCGACUCUGCAGCCUUUCGUGUUAGAUAUUCCUCCACCACCUCCACUUCAGCUCCUGUGGAAACAUCUGAACACUUGGUCACAUCAGUAGCUCUCUAGGCUCCUUUGCUUUUAAGGGGAUUAUGGUUAAUAGUUAAUUUUUGUCAGGGAGCUUGAUUGGCUGUCGGUGACAUUCUGGACCUUGGCAGGGAUGUGAUUAAGUGCCUUUGGGUCAAAUUCCAGUGACUUAUCGAACAUGAAACCUGAGGAAAGGAGAGCGGCCUGAUAACUGGAUGAACACCACCUCCUCAGAAGCCCAGUUAGUCUGCCUGACAGACACCCAAGCACCCUGACAGACACGAGGUGUGCUUUCACUUCUGCGAGGACUCAGACAAACCCUUUGGGAAGUGACCCCUGCUCCCAUCCUGUCAUCGUUUCCAAGUGCUGCUUGUUGGAGUCUCACGGUGUGAACAUUCAGCUGUUACUUUUCACCCCCACUUUAGGGAGAAGAAAGUUGCUUAUUGCUUGGCUGCUGGGAUGUGGAUGUCAUAAAAUUCUGAGCCUUGUGUCCCCCACCAUACUCAAAGGACAGGAAAAGCCAUCCUUUACAUACAAUCCCAGGAGCGCAUUGUUUCUUUUUUUUCAGUGUUCAGUAAUGCUGGGGAUGGACCGAGGGCCUUGCGUAGUCCACCUUCUGGUCAACCCAGACGCUCUGCUGCCUCACACUUUUACUUUACGUCAGUCAGUCUCCUGGUUGCCACUGUAUAUCAGGCUGGCCAGCCCACAUACCUCCAGGGAUUCUCGAGCCUUCGUCUUGUACUCAGAUUCGUGCUUCUACAUCCUGCUUCAUGUGCGUUCUGGGGAUCUGGAGCCAGGUUCUCGUGCUUGCAGCAAGAGCUGUACACCCUAAGCCAUUGCCAUCUCUCCAGCCCUCAGGUCAGGACCAUGGUGGGAAGUCAGCCUGGGAGAGCGUUCUUCACUGUCAAGACCUGGCUUCAUCUUCCUAAUGCCAUGGCUUGGUUCUUAGCCUACAAAAUCCCUGCACCUAGGUAUCCGCUCUCUGACCAUGGGAACUUCCCAAUGUCCCACUUUCUUAAAAGAACAGGCCACAAAAAACGCUAUUUCCUUUAUUGAUGUUGCUAUUUUGUCUUUUAAAAAGCCAGCUCAAUUCAAAACACUUUUCUAGAUGUAUUUUGAGGUCAAACCUUGACUAUGAAUCUCUGUCUCAGGCAGCACCCCUGGAGAGGCAACAAGACCCUCCACCCCCAGGUACCUGCUGCCCACAUCACACGUUUUUCUUGUCUUCAUUUUCCUUUCUUCCAAGAGCCAUGUUGGAAGGCAUGGCUGAAUGAAUGAUGGCCUGAGAUGUGUUUUGAGUUCUCUGAGGGGAGGUAAUGGUAGGUAUCAGAUGUCCAACUCCAAGUAGAAUCAGGAAGCCAGGCAUGUCCCGGAUGCCAUCCUGGUCAUUGCUCUGAGUGGCAGCAGGCAGACCUUCAUGGAAAACAGCACGUUACUGAGAGCCUUGCUAACUCCCGACAGCCAACCCUCAGAGAUAACUAAAGCCUCUUUUGCUUUCCCUAAAAGACCCUGGAUGUCCUCUCCGGGACCACCUGUGCUUCCCGGCUGAGCUGGUGUUGGGGUUGUCUCUUCACUGCUGUGGUGGUGUUAGCACAGCCCCAGAGAUCUGUUUGGAGUCUGCUCUCUUACGUUAAACACACAAUACAAAUGCUCUGCUGUAGCUUUGUGUGGUCCAGAACUUACAACAGACCAGGCUAGCCUUGAACUCAGCUGUCUACCUCAGCUUCCCAUGGGCCAGUCAGCCAGUCUUUCUUAAAGCAAAAGAUAAAAAUAAGAGAUAGACAAAUUGUAUUUCUAAAGUGCUUGCUUUUUAGUGAACUUUAAGUAGGGCUGGCUGUUCUUAAGGGGCAUUUGUAGACUGUCAUGGCUUUUUUUUUUUUUUUUUGGAUUGUAUUUGACCUGCCCUCAGGAACUCAGAAGACCCACAGAUAUGCCAAAGGAAGUGUGCUGAUGGGUUCAAGAAUAUUGUUGUGCCCUGGGUUCAGUCCUUAGCUCCAAAACAAAAACAAAAACAAAAAAAUGUUGUAUCUGUAUACCCAAGAAGGAGUUAAAUUCUUUUUAACAUUACACUUAUUUAUGUGUACAGGGGGCGGCAUGUAGGUUUGGAGGUUGAAGAAUAACUUUGGGGAUUAGUCCUCUCUUUCCACUAUGUGGGUCCCAUAGAUGAAACUCGGGUCUUCAGGAUUGGUGGUGAGCACCUUUACUAGGUGACCCGCUGGCCCAAAAUAUUCUAUUUUAAAAUAAGCUGACUUAGACACGUACUUCUCCCUCGUACCGGAUUAUUUACUGAGUGUCAAAACCCCCAGUGAUCCAAAUCUAAAACUUUAAUUAUCAUUGAAAUUCACAAUUUUAAUUAAAGUAAAAAAGAUCCCUGAAGACUUGCUAGUUUGGUAGCUGGCAGAAGUGGGCUGUAAAAGUCUUCAAAGGGGCUGGAGAGUUAGCUCAGUCGGUUAAGGAGCAAAGCUGGACACCUGAGCUCCAUUCCCGGGGCUCACACAGUGGAAACACAGCCCCAGCUCUGGUAAGUUGUCCUCUGACCUCCGUGUGUGCCUUGACAUGUGCCCCUUCCACAUACACAUAAAUAAAUGUAAUCUCAUUAAA